AUGUCGGACUCCGGGCACAGCCAGCCCGGCCUGUACGGCCCCGACCGCCGGCGCCGCUGGAACCGUGACAAGGAGCUGGGCCCCCCGGGCGGCCCCCAGAGCCUGUCGGGGCCGGGCCGGGAGCGUGACUACGGCCCCUGGGACCGCGAGCGCCGGGAGCCCGCGGAGGAGCCGGUCGGGUCCGUGAUGCAGAAGACGCCCAUCAUCCUGGCCAAGCCGCCUGCUGAGAGGUCCAAGCUGGCCCCUGCCCCAGCUCCGGCCCCACCCACCACUGCCCCGUCCCCCAUGGAGAAGCCCAUUGUGCUGAUGAAGUCGCGGGAGGAAGGCAAAGGCCCCGCGGAGGGGGCUGCCCAGCUCCCUACAGCUGCCGCCAAGGGGGAGAAGGAGGGACAGCGCCCCACGCAACCCGUCUACCAGAUCCAGAACCGAGGCAUGGGAUCCGCUGCCUCCAGCAGCACCAUGGACCCCGUGGUGGGCCAGGCAAAGCUGCUGGCCCCGGAGAAGAUGAAGCACAGCAUCAAACUGGUGGACGAUCAGAUGAACUGGUGUGACAGCGCCAUCGAGUACCUGCUGGACCAGACCGACGUGCUGGUGGUCGGGGUGCUGGGAUUACAGGGCACUGGCAAAUCCAUGCUGAUGUCUCUGCUGUCGGCUAACCAGCCUGAAGAAGAUCAAAGGGCCUACGUGUUCCGCACCCAAAGCCAGGAGAUCAAGGAGCGCGGGGGGAACCAGACCAGCGGCAUCGACUUCUUCAUCACCCAGGAGCGCAUCAUCUUCCUCGACACCCAGCCGAUUCUCAGCCCUUCCAUCCUGGACCAUCUCAUCAACAACGACCGCAAGCUGCCCCCCGAGUACAACCUGCCCCACACCUACGUGGAGAUGCAGUCCCUGCAGAUCGCAGCCUUCCUCUUCACCGUCUGCCACGUGGUCAUCGUGGUGCAGGACUGGUUCACUGACCUCAGUCUGUACAGGUUCCUGCAGACGGCCGAGAUGGUGAAACCCUCCACGCCCUCCCCCAGCCACGAGUCCACUGGCUCCUCGGGCGCCGACGAGGGCACGGAGUAUUAUCCCCACGUCGUUUUCCUGCAGAACAAGGCCAAGCGGGAGAAUUUCUGUCCCCGGAACCUGAAGCAGAUGCACAUGGUUAUCGAUAAAAUCAUGAUGCACUCGCACCUGAAAUACAAGGGCACUCUCUCCAUGCUGGAGUGUAACAUCUUCCCUGGCCUGCCCUACGACUACCUGGACACGGAGGUGAAUCUCUUCCUGCUGCCGUUCGCGGACAGUGACGCCGACGACACUUUCCCCAGAGCAGCUCCUGGGGGUGGCCCCCUCUUCUCCCUGCUGCCCGGGUACAAGGGGCACCCCAGCUUCCAGUCGCUCAUGGCCAAGCUGCGCAGCCAGAUCAUGUCUAUGGCGCGGCCCCAGCUCUCCCACACCAUCCUGACGGAGAAGAACUGGUUCCACUACGCGGCCCGGAUCUGGGACGGGGUGAAGAAAUCCUCGGCACUCUCGGAGUACAGCCGCCUGCUGGCCUGA